AAUAGAUUCACCUGUUUUCACUCAAAAACACUAAAUAUACAUGAUUGCAAACGUUUGAGUUUGAAUUCUACAUCUCUUUUGAUUUUAGUUACUCCUACUUUUUUACUCCAAGUUACUUAUAAUUUUGCUCUUCCAUACACUAUCAUUGUCCAUGGACCUCUCUCUGUCAUCUCCCAAAACAAAACACCAAAGUAGACUAGACAACUGGCAAGUUUGAUUCCUACAGCAACAUAUGUAUAAAAUUAAGGCAAAGGGAUAGAGCCAACCAGAAAUAUAGUCAAGGGAUUUGAGAUUUUGAGAGUGAUUUAUUUGGUCUCACACAAUUCCUAUCAUUAUAUAAAGACACAUUAUAUAUAAUAUUCCAUCUCACACACACAUGUAUUCUCACCUAUCUAUCUACACACACAUCUUCACAAAGCAAUCACUAGAGGAAUAAUGAACACAUCCACUUCUGAGUGCAACAGUGGCUGCGAAUCCGGGUGGACUACGUACUUGGAUCAUCUCUCCAGCUCGACAAAUCCGUACACACACUACACACACCAAGACUACCAAGGCAAAGGAGCCAAUUAUGUGCAUGAUCAUGAUCAUGAUCAAGAAGCUGAUGAGGACCUUUCAAUGGUCUCGGAUGCCUCGUCCGGGCCUCCUCAUUUACACGGUCCACCUCCGCCUCAGCAGGACAGGAAGCAGAAAAGCAAGACAAAAGAGAAGAAGAACAAGAAGCUGCAGCAACAUAGCUUCUGCCUUGAUGACACUGCCAGCUCCCCUUUCUUGCAGGGCAAUGCAGUUCCACCUGAAAAUCAACAUCACUCAUUUUCCACAGCCCAAUUUGAGGAAGAGAGAAUGCCAAAAACUAAGAUGGGAUUCUUCAAAUCCUCAGGCAGUUUGCUGGGAAGAAAAAGGCAGUAACUAAGAAGCCAUAUGUUUUUUCUUUCCCCCCUCUCUCUCUCUCUAUGUCUAUUCUGUGCUUCAAUGUCUCAAGAAAUCAAUUCAAAUAAAAAGGCUAUGUUCUAUC